GUUUGUCAGUGGGCGGAGCCGCGCGCUCUCAGCUGACGGUGACGUGGAAGGAAGUGGAGAAGACGCGUCGUCCGUCAUUUUCUACAGUCUGUGGAUUCAGAAAAAAGGAAAAGGUGUCCAAAUACACAGGGAAAAACUCACGACACUAUUAUAAAAAUGGCGUUUAUUAAACAGGAGAGUGAGGACAUUAAGAUCGAAGAAACAUUCACAGUCAAACAUGAAGAUACUGAGGAACACACAGAGAUUGGGUUUAUUAAAGAGGAGAGUGAAGACAUGAGAACUGAAGAAACUCUUACAAUCAAACAUGAAGAUACUGAUGAACAAACACAGAUGGAGUUUAUUAAAGAGGAAAGCGAAGACAAGGAGAUUGAAGAAACAUUCAGAGUCAAACAUGAAGAUACUGAGACACAGACAGAUCUGAUGCUGCUGAAAGAGGAAAUUGAAGAACUAAAUGACAUUGAUGGCAAAGAUCAGUAUAAGAAACCUGAUUUCACUGGAGAAGAUUUUAGUUGCUCACAAACUAAACAGACUUUAAAAAAGAGAGCUCAAAAGAUUGGAACUAGAAGUAAUUUCAAUUGUCAACAAUGUGGAAAGCAUUUUGAUAAAAAAAGAGCCCUUAACAUUCACAUGAGAAUUCAUACAGGAGAGAAACCUUACACCUGCUCUCAAUGUGGACUAAGCUUCACUCAAAAAGGAACCCUUAACAGGCACGUUAGAAUUCACACUGAAGAGAAGAAUUACUCCUGCAAACAGUGUGGAAAUAGUUUCUGGCAAAAAGGAGACCUUAAAAACCACAUGAGAAUUCAUUCUGGAGAGAAGCCUUAUACAUGCCAACAGUGUGGAAAGAGUUUUUGUCAAAAAGGAAAUCUCAAAGUCCACAUGAGUGUUCACACUGGAGGAGAGAGAUAUUUCAACUGCCAGCAUUGUGGAAAAAGUUUCAAUAAAAAAGAAAGCCUUGAAAUCCAUUUGAGGAUUCACACUGGUGAGAAACCUUACACCUGCCAACAGUGUGGAAGGAGUUUCUGUCAAAGAGGAAACCUCAAAGUCCACAUGAGUGUUCACACUAGAGAGAGCAACUGCCAACUAUGUGGAAAAGGUUUCAAUAAAAAAGAAAGCCUUGAGGUCCAUUUGAGAAUUCACACCUGUGAUAAGCCGUACACCUGCCAACAUUGUGGAAAACGUUUCAUUAAAAAAGGAAACCUUGAAAUACACAAUAGAAUUCACACUGGGGAGAAACCUUUUGUCUGCCUUCAAUGUGGACUAAGUUUCACUCAAAAAGGAACCCUUAAAAGCCAUAUUAGAAUUCACACAGGAGAGAAGCCUUACACCUGCAAAAUAUGUGGAAAUAGUUUCACUCGAAAAGGACGCCUCAAAACCCACAUGAGAUUGCAUGAGUCUUAAACCUGCCAACAGUGUGGAAAGAGUUUCUAUCAAAAAGGAGACCUCAAAGUCCAAAUGAGUGUUUAGACUGGAGUGGGAUAUUUCAUCUUCCAAUAAAGUGUUAAACAUUUCACUUAAAGGGGAAAACUUGAAGCCCACAUGAGAGUUCACAAUAAAGAAAAGACUUCCAUAUGUCCUAAGUGUGGAAAGAGUUUUAGAUGCAAAACAUCCCUUAAAAUGCAGCAUAUCAGAGCGAAUCAGACAAUUUAAGAUUUGAUCAGAUUGGUGUUAAAACAACCCAAAGAGGCAAAUACCACAAAGAGGCCCUAGACAACAAGAUAACAUCUUAAUUUCGUCCACUGUACCCUGGGGCCACGCAUCUGAAGCCAGUCCACCGACUAGCAGCUUUAAGCAGCUCACGGCAUCUAAACAAAAGAACACCUAUGGCCAUUUUCACGAAACGGCAAAUUAGUGUGAGAGCGCAAUUCCAAAAGAGCGCCAAUGGGAGGGAACAUUUCUGUGGGUGAUUUACUAAUAAAAAAGAACACCUAUGGCCAGUUUCAGGAAACGGCAAAUUAGUGUGAGAGCUCAAUUCCAAAAGAGCGCCAAUGGGAGGGAAAAUUUCUGUGGGUGAUUUACUAAUAAUACGCAAAUUAAAGAACACAGAUGCAACAUGUCAUUUACAGAUCAACUGACGCAAAAUACCAAGCGCAACGCAAAUUAGUGUAGUCGUUAAAAAAAAGAAAUGAAGCCACAGUACGUUUAAAAGAACCGGAUGCCAAAAACAUGUAUGUUUGCUUGAAGAUUUGAUAGACCUGAUAUUGCGUGAUUCCUAGUUGAGGGUUCUGAGUCAUCUUAUAUUUCCUUAUGCAAAUUGAAAAAGAAAGUGUUCAUCUAUAAUAAUGUGUUCUUCUGGCAUUCAAAAUUAAUAAAUAUGUGGAAAAAAAGCAUUUUCCUUCUACCACACGCUCUCUGUUCUCUGCGGUGCCUCAUCCUAGCAACAAUAUUUGCAGCAAUGUCAAGCGCAAACUAGUUUAAGACCUGCUUUAUUUUGGUGUUUAUAUAAUGGCACAAAUGUCAGUAAUUUGAUGAGUGCAGAUGUUAGUAAAACACGUUAUUCAUUAGAAUACUCUCCUACUAUAACUUUUGCAUUUGAAAGCAAAACUACUACAUAUGCAUAUUCAACAACGUCAGUCUCAAAAUUACUGCACCCAUUUUCAACACUAAUUCUUCAUGCAAACUAUAGUAAAAACAUACUUUACCUUACAGUACACUUUUUACACCAAAAGAGGGUUUGUGCUGGCGCAAGUGGGGGUUUGUCAAAUUUGGGGCAAGUAACCAAGAUUAAUGGUGAAAGAUAUGCACAGCAUAACCAUCACAUGUAAAUCCAUGAUAGAAAUGUCGAGCUAAAGACUUCUUCGGAUUGGCUUUACUCAACUAGCAGACAAGAACCAGACUGAGAUUCCUUCUAAACCCUUUUGACCUUUGUUCUUCACAGAAUGUCCUCACAUUCAAAGAAUGGUGCAGAGACUGCUUUUUUUUAUGUAUAUAUGCACCUAAAUGAUGCUUAAAGGACUUAUGAGCAACUAAUUAUUUAUAUGCAUAACUCCAUAUUAUGUAACCCAGACAUUUGACGUCCUAAUCCCUUACUCUGGUUUAUAAUUGUGUCUAGUGUGUGUGUUUGAAUUUUAAUGCUUUAAAUAUUUCCAUCAGUCACUUAUUUGUAAAAUGUAUUAUUCUUGUUAUAGAAAUCACUUCCAAAAUUAUACUCCGCAGGAGGAAAAUCACCCCGAGCUAAGACCAUUUCUAAUUUGUCAAGACACAAUUUGAGAUGUGUCCAACAGCCCAGUUCAAUAUCUUUUGCCACCACUGCUCUUUGCCAUUUUUUUAAGUGUUCUUUGAGCCUGUUCUGGCUUACAUGCCAGCUGCUCUGUACAUCAUUACACUCAUUUUCCUUUUACUGACACUUAUUUUUCUUCCUGUUGAGAGUUAAGCGUUCGGAGUUCAGUUUUGCCAAGUCCUACUUCACCUCAAAACUUCAACUAGCCACUUACUCCACACCAUAAUUAGAUCUACCUCCUGGCUGAAAAACUGUGCUAAUUUGCAAAUCUGUGUGAUUGGAACAAAAUACUGAGAACUUUUACUUUCUGAACCUGGAUUUUUUCACCUUUGGUUGUCAGAAUGAAAGAGUUUCACAGACACACAUUGUAAAAAUCAUCAAGCAUAGUGUUAGUUUUGGCAGGUCACAUUAGUCAAGCUUGUAUCAGCUAACUCUCAGCUGAUCCAUGUCUACCUGUAGGGAUGAGACACCUACCACAGUACACACAUGAAAUCCUUCUGAAUUGUCACAAGCUUUCAUGUUGCAAUUACCCUCUUCCAUACCCAACAACUCCUUUCGUCAGGAUUCGGGAUACACAUACAAUUUUACAAGUGUUUUUUUUUUUUUUUUACUACAUGAUUAGGGCCCUAUGAAAUGUUUCAUUUUUCUCAUCAUGUGUUUUAUUUUUUACCAAUUUUUAAGUUUUAGCAUGUCUAAUUAUUUUAAUGCAUAAAAACAACUUACUUUAUUCAAAUGUAUUCUUAAAAUAGUUUUAUGAAAUGUGUAUUUAAAGUUUUCUGGUCACCAAAUGAAGGCAUAAUAUUAAUUUUAGUUAUAUAUAGUUUAUAUUUGAAACAUUUAAAAUUAAACAAAUUUACUGUUAACAACAUGAAAGAACUGUGUGAUUAUUCCUUAAAAAUUUGUUAUAAUAAUUUUAGUAGUAAUAGUAUUAGUAAUAUUAUGUACAUUCUAAUGAACAGUAUUUAUGGCACAGUGUCUUCAAGUUAAACCAAACGUUUAUUUUGAUAGGUUGCUGUGAAUACUAUUUCUGCGUGAUAUAGGCUAGUUGUCAGGAUUGGAACUGUUUUGUCAUGUGUCUGAGUCCCUGUUUUGCCUUAUUUAGUCUUGUUCCUGUCCUUGUUUAGUUUGAUUAUUCAAUUUAGUUGAUUCCCCACACCUCGCUGUCCCUCGUUAUUCUAUCUUUAUAAGCCCAAGUCUGUUCAGUUUUUUUGUGAUGAUUCCUAGUGUUUCCUUGAUUAAAGUAUGGUAAACAUUC